UUUUUAUUUGUGUUUUUACUAGUGCCAAUGUUGGUGGCAUACCCUCAUGUUCCUCCAUUUGUUAUCAGUAAUGAGGGAUAUUAUGGAGAUGAUCCUAAGAAGUGAUCUGAUGCUUUAACAGAUACUUUACUCAGCUUGGAGGAUCUUGGAGCUGCCUUUUAUGUCCUAUCGACGGGAAAGUAUCUGAAUAAUUGGGGAGCUUAUGGUACUUGUCUUGGACAAGUCAAGGGAGGAGCUUAUUGGAUGGUCACUGUUACUGGGCCACCCAAAGCUAACGAAAAUGGAGCUAAUUUGACUUUCUAUACAGGUCUCUGAGUUCCUAUUGAUUGUACAGAAAACGAUAUGCUCGAGCUUCAAAGUUUAUUUGAAGGAGCUGCUGAUUUUAACGAUGUCCAAUCACCACAUAUUUCCUAUUUCUCAGUAACUGAUUAUGUUGAGGAAAGACAAUCUUCAGCAAGUGUUGGAGAAAUUUUUGGAUGGCUUAUUAUUUUGGGAUUCGGAUUUUUAAUUUUAGUUGGAACUCUUAUCCAAUGCACAAAAUUAUGUGAUAAACCUAACAUCAGAGUCAAGAAAAGCUCUCACGAAGCCAUUGAGCACAGCGAAAGUUCUUAUAACUCUUUAAUAAACGAAGGAGAAAUAGACCCUAAUGAGAUAACUAAAGAGUUUAACCAUGAUGUUUCUGUUCUAUACCGAAAGAAGCCUCUUGCAGUUAUAUUCCUUGCCUUCUCGGCUAUUAGGAAUUCAAGCAAGCUGGUGUUCUCCCAGAAAAAUGCUCAAGUGGAUCCAAAGCUUAUCUCAAACGAAGAGAGGACACUGCGCCUCUUUAGUGGAUUGAGGUUCUAUUGUAUGCUUUGGAUACUCUAUGCUAAUACUAUUGCCCUGACAGAAUGGGGUGUAGUGGAAAAUAUCAAGGACAAGCCUAACUUCUUCAAGAAUUUCUUCUUUACAGUAUUCCCUGCAGCUUUCUUUGCAGCUGAUGUCUUCUUCUUUAUCUCUGGAUUCUUAGCGAUUUACUCCAUCCUUAAGCUUAAGAAUUAUACUUAUGUUACAGCAUUUUAUCAAUAUGGAAGAAGAUUAUUUAGGUUGAUUCCUAUGAUUGCUUUCGUUAUGAUUGUGUCUAAAUUCGUCAUCUCAAGAUUUGUAGAAGGACCAAUGUGCCAAAGAUACAACGAAGAAUUUGAUGACUGCGGUAAAUACUUCUGGACUAAUCUACUCAUGGUGAACAACUUCUAUCCUGCUCAUUUGGAAAGCCGCUGCAUGUCAUGGACUUGGUUCGCUUCAGUAGAUUUCCAAAUGUUCUUACUUGUCCCAUUGCUCGGAAUUAUUUUUAGGAUGAACAAGUUCAUUGGAUAUGUUUGCACUCUUUUCCUAAUUGGACUUGGGGUAUUCCUUACUGCCUUGUUGAAUGGGUUGUCUUCUUCAACCGGAGCUAAUCCUUAUCUUGAUACUGAAUUUUUCACUGAUCUUUACAUUAAGCCUUGGGCAAGAGGAGUCCCCUAUUUUAUCGGAGUUUACUUUGGAAGCAGAUUCUUCUACUAUUCCAGAAAUGUUGAUGAAAAUAUUUUCUUUAACAAGAUUAAAUAUAACCCAUACAUCAGAGCUGUAAUGUAUCUGGCUUCAUUCUGCUUGACAUUCACAACAGUGUUUGUACUUUUUAGCUAUACUAAAGAUUAUGGGUCAAACUGGUCUGUAGCAGGCCAAGUUAUCUAUGCAACUAUUUCUCCAGUUUCAUUCAUUGCUGGAGUCACAUGUUUGAUCCUUCCAGCUUUAUUAGGAAAAGCAAAGUUGAUCAGAUUUUUGUUAGUUGGUCCAGUACUUAACUUACUAGGAAGAACUACCUAUGUUGUUGCUCUCGCUCACCCAGUUUUGAUGCUAGGAAUUUAUACUACAGUCGGACAACAGAUAUACGUAGAGUCCUACAAAAUGUUCACUCUAUUUGUUGGGCAUUCUUUCCUGAUCUAUGUUCUAAGUAUUGCUCUUAACAUUCUAAUUGAGCUUCCAGCAAGAGGAGUGGAAGCUAUCUGGCAUGACAGAUACUAUGCUACUCAGAUGGUGAAUGAGUACAUCGACGAAAGAGACAAUUCUCAGAAGAAGCAUGCUAAGGAAGAGAUUAAAACUUCAGAUCAAUAAUUGUUUCAAUAACUUAUUGUUA